AUGAAGAACCACCCACUUCCAUCCUUUUACAGCGGCCCUUUGCUUCCCCCACUCAUGCCCGUGCGACUUUCGCCCCUGUCGCCACCAGCAAAUGCCCCAUCGUCGGCUUCGACAACCGAAAACCCCGCCAAACGACGUCACUCGUCUGAGCCCGACGGCGAGGGCAGCCCGCAUCCGACUCAGCGACCUCGGUCAGAUUGGCUGACGCCGCAAUCAUCACGGCCCAAGGCGCGGACCGGACGACGACACAUCAUCACCGAAAGAACGGCAACCAACCAUCUUAACGACGCCGACACCGGCCCGGUACCCAUGUCGACCUCGACGGGCCCCACUUCCGCAAGAGCCCUCGCGACAGUUCCAGCUGAUAGCCCGUACGUGCGCCGCAAACGCGCCAUCGCCGCUUGUCAGUUGUGCCGUUUGCGCAAGACAAAAUGCGACAAUGGGCGUCCGGUAUGUGGGUCGUGUCGCCACCACAAGGCACGAUGUGUUUACGCCGAUGGCUCGGAAGCGGAUGGACUGCAGGUGGGGUUCGAUGAGGCUGCGAGCAGGCACCGUGAAGUCCUCGAGCGACUGGAUGACAUCCGAAACAUCCUGGCCCGCUCAUCACCAUCAGAUGCGCGCAGUAAUAGCGCAGCAUCCGAGAUGGGCUCACAAUUAUCUGUGUUGAAUGCUUUAACCAGAAGCGGCCUUAAUCAUGAGAGUGCCGGUUUCAGUGCUGUCGAGACAGAGACUUUGUCCGACCGCCAACCCUUGUCCUCGCCCACUGCAUACCUCCAGUACACGAAAUGCGAGGCGAUUCUCAAGUGGCCUGUCUUCAAGGGCGUUAUUUCUGACGAGGACGCCGCCAUCGACUCGUUCAUUUUCGAUGGGCAUGUGCGCGGCGACGGCGAAGAACACGAGGUAGGCCCUGCGACCGUUAGCGACUCGGCAUCGCCAGCCUCGUGGGGUGGCACUACCAAGCAGCCCAAGAGGAUGGCAUCGUUCUUUGAUCAGAGCAUGCACGAGCAGGCCUUCGUCCCGUUAUGUCAGAAGUUUCUCGUUGUGGUCAACUGUCGAAAUCCAAUCCUGGACGACCAUGAUCUGCUCUCGUAUGCGAGGUCCGUGGCGGAGGAUGGACCAGGCUGGGAUGCGAAAUCUUGCAUAGUGCUUCUCGCCUGCGCUCUGGCCAGUUAUUCCCGCCCCUGGGAACCUCCGCCGUCUGUUCGAUCUUCACUAUCCCCUUCCGCGCGCCGUGACUCAGCUGUUUCUCCCAACUUCAUGUCAGAGUCGGACGACGAGGCCGCCGAGGCCUAUUACGAAGCUGCCCAGAGACGCUUCGGAUUCCUGGGCACGUCUCUCGUCGAUAUCCAGUGCUUCUACUACGCGUCUCUCUUUGAGAGAUACGCCUUCCGGCCGCUGCAGGCUUGGAUGUAUCUACAGCAAGCAGCUACGCGGCUACGUGUUCACAACAUGCAGCGGCACGGGCAAGAAAACCGUCUUCGCAUGGGUGGCCAAGGUGACUACCCUGUAGAAUCUGAAUCUACAGGAGCAGGAUCGGCUAUCAGCUAUCACCUCGAGCAAAGGGCGUUUUGGACCAUUCACAAGGCGGAAAGAGAGUUCGCCACGGCACUCGGCAUCACCCUCGCCAGUGACCUCACGGGAUUCAAGUCCCCGACCGCCUUCCCCACUCCUCCGGAAUCCCUAAAUAACCUGGCCCCCGGUGAUGACGGCGAUAUGUCAGAUGUGUUUUCACCUCGGCGGAACGAGUUUAUUUGGUUCUUUUAUCUUGCCGAAAUCUCACUCCGGCGGACGCUUGAUGAAGUCCUCUCCGUCAUAUACGAGAAGGGCGAGCAGAGUUGGAUUGAGAAUAUUGAUCUGGUCUGCCGACAGUAUUAUGAGUCUGAAAAGCAGAUUUCUGACUUGCAAUCUCAUUUCCCUCCAUCAAUGCGCUACGACCCAGCCUCUCAGCCGGAUAACGAAAUGGGCUACUACUUCGAGGGCCGCUUCGAAGAGUGGAAUGAAAUCAUUCUCCGGCCCCUGGUUUACUACUGUCUUCACCACCCGCCCACAAAACCGCCGACUCCAUCUAUUGCGACCUUAGCACAACGCCACAUGACGCUCUGCGUAAACUGCAUCCUGCGCUGCGCCGACCACGGCCGCCACGGCGCCACAUGGGUAGUCCUGCGUCGAGCCUUCCGCUGCACACUCAUCAUACUGGCCGCCGUUGUGGCCGAUGGACCCGUUAGGCCACCGGAGAAUUGGAAGGAUCUGACGAGCACCUUGAUUGCGACGCUUGCACGCUGGUCUGUGGGUGUUCGGGAUCUACAACGAAUGCGGAGGGUUCUGGAGCGGGUUUUCCGCGCGGUGUGCGACGUUGAAGCGGCUAGAAUGCCGGUUGAAGAAGGGGGAGCGUGGUGA